CAAGUGGACAUAGGAGUGUCUGUGUAACUUUGUAAGUAGUAGUAGUCGCAAUUAUUUAAGAAUUAGGUAAGAAUAAAAUAAGGAGCGGCGCAAUUGUAAAAACCUCAAGGGAAUUUUAAAGUUCACAACACCACCAUUGACGACGCAAUCGGAACGUUGCCGCCGGAGAUCUGGUUCUGAGUGUAAGAAGUUUACGAAUGUUGCGGAACGCUGUUCUGUGCAACAUUUGGCGUUUCAGUAAGCUAUGAAGGAGGUUAUUCUUGGAUUACCUGGAUCAUGGGCUGAAGAUAAUCUAGAGAUUGCUGAUCACUAUUCAACUAAAAUUGGAGGUCUUCCUGACUGGCCUUUUCCUGAGUCAUCUUUCGGACCAGAUGGCCUUGAAUGUUGUUCAUGUAAAGCUAAACUGUGCCUUGUUUCACAGGUAUAUGCACCAAUUCAUGGUUUAGGGAUAAUGAUUGAAGAGCGUGUAAUCUACAUUUUUGGUUGCACAAAUCCACCUUGCGAAAGCUGGCGUGCUAUCCGUGUUCAGAAGCCUGGUAAUUGUGGGGAAUCAGAAAUUGCUGGCAUUGAAGCUGCUCCUUCAAAUAUAUCUUCUUUGGUUGACAUAAAGUCUUUGGAUGAAUCAGAAGAUGUGGGAGAUGAUGAUGAUGAUGACCUAAACAUGGAGGAUUUGGGCCGGGCCCUUUUUGAAGCUGCAAGCCAUGCUUCUAAAUCCAUUAAACCAGACACGAAGGAUAAUUCUCAGAGUCAUGCAAAGGCUCUUUCAUCGAGCCCAAAAACUAGGAAAGCUGAUUCCACUACUCUUGUGCUGCCUUGCUUUUAUUUAUACAACCAAGAGGAUGGUUCUUCCCAGGAAUUGUCAGCUGUUUGUUCAACAUAUCCUUUACUUUCAGACAAGGAUGCACUAGUUAAUAAUUAUUAUAAUUGUCCAAUAGAGGAAGAAAUUUGGGAAGAGGAAGGUUAUGAAUAUGACAAAGCUUUGAAUGCGGAUAGGACUUACCUGAAGUUCAAGAAAAGACUGGACAAAUGUCCAGAGCAAUGUUUUAGGUAUUCCUUUGGUGGGAAGCCUUUGUUGGCUACUGGAGAUGUGGGUGACCUGAGACCAUGCAGCCUCUGUGGUGAACCAAGGCAUUUUGAAAUGCAGCUUAUGUCUCCAUUAGUUUAUUUUUUACAAGAAAGGGCUGUAGGUGGAGGAAGAGAUUUGCUAGAGAACUGGAAUUGGAUGACACUAAUUGUAUUUACAUGUUCAAAGAGCUGCUUUAAGAAGGCAGAUGAUAAAAUGUGCAACUUGAAUGGUUGGACAGUUGUAGACGAGACUGUUGUAGCUCAAUUUGAGAAGCCUCUGACCGAAUCAUCUCCAUUAGGUUAUUUCUCUUGAUUUUUAGAAUAUCUUGAUAAUAACCAUUAUAUUACUAGUUUUCCGGCAUUUGAUUGCCUGAUUUUGCUGGUGUUUCAGAUAUUUUGAUCAACUAUACUUGUAACUGACUAGAGAGGUAACUAAUAAUAUGUUUCAGAUAUUCUAA